AUGGAGCGUUUGGGCGAGAAGGACAAGGUGACGGUCCCUGAAAUCGUGGCAGUGCAACAGCCGGAUGCUGCCUCCGCCUCCUCCAACCAGGACAUGGAGCUAGCAUCUGCACCACUUCCAACAACGCCAUCAUCACCACCAUCUAUCACGCACGAUCAACGUCACAGCCUCGAGAACACCGACUCCGCCCCCGAAAACCCUUCCUGCAUCGUCGGCGCCGGCUACCAGCACCCCGUCCGCCUUGCCCGCAACCCCUCCACCGGCGUCUACAGCAUAGUCCUCGAGCAGCGCUUCCGCAACAACCUGGGCCUCGCCGUCGGCUUCCUCGAGCUUGCCAACGCGGGUGACUUUGCCGCCAAUGUCUGGAACGACGUCCCCGUUCCCGUGUACGCCAUCGUGUGCAUGGCCCUCGGCGCCACCGGCGCCGGUAUCCUGGCCUACUUCGCCUUCAAGGACGCCCGCUAUGCCUGGCGCAACGUCGUCUUCCUGCGCCGCCAGCGCGCCCGUCUAAGGGAGACUCUCAAGGAGCGCGAAGCCCAGGGCCACGCGACCCGCGACCUCCGCGUGCUGCGCGAGCUCAUCCUUCGCGAGCUCGGCUGCGAAGUCGUCAACCGCUUCGGUAUGGACGUCCUGAUGGGCUUCGGCGCCGUGCUUAUCUGCAUCGGCACGUACAUGGCCAUCGGUGGCGCCAACUACACGGUGUGGUUGACUAGUAACAUCCUCUCCGGCUACCUCGGUAACGCCCCCAUCGCCCUCUACGGCCUGGUCAACUCGGGCUGGGCCGCGUACCUGGCUCUGAAGACCGAGGGUCACGUCCGCGCCACCGCGCGCGCACUUCCCGACUCGCUCGAGUACAGACUGGUCCGCCAGCGCGGCAAGAAGCUGCAGCUGUAUUGCGGCAUCAACGGCACCAUCACCCUCGUCGGAGGCGUCGCAUCCAUGCUGACGGCGACGCAGUGGUGGGCCUACGUCAUCCUCAUCCCCGUCAUCAUCCUGUCCUUCACGUGCAACUGGUUCUGGCGCACGCGUCUGGGCUACAGCCACGACGAGGUCCUCCAGAUGCCAGACAUUGGCGUCGAGAAGCUGUCCCGGGUCCUCCGCUUCGCCGCCGGCGCACGGGACGGUCUCGUGCGAAACGCGGAGCGCGCAAAGGACGACCUGGUGCGGCAGGCCGCCACCCUGCCGCAGGCGCUCGACCUUAUUGAGACGUCGGGCUUGCUGGAGGCGUUUUGCGUCAAAGUCCUCUCGGAUACCAGUCUCUGCUACGCGCUUUGCGACCCCAAUGCCGAGCAGGUCGAAGUCUCGCUCGCCGACAUUGCCGCUCUCCCCGCUUCUCUGCACCCCGCGCUGCUUGAGGCCGCGCACGAGUGCUUGCGGUCCGCUGGGGUGCGGCGUUACGCCCAUCUCGAGCGCUUCACGGCUGAGUUGCUCGGCAUCUACCUUCACCAGGUUGAAGAGUCCGCAGAUCCGGAAUCUGCCCAAAAAUAG